AUGGCCACUGUACAAUUGCAGAGGAUGACUUGUAUGAGUCCAUUGGUAUUUCCCACUAAAAUAUCAACUGAGAAUCAGUCGUUGAUGUUAGUGAAGAGGCUCUUAGCAGUUUCAAUAUCUUGCAUCACCUAUUUGAGAGGAAUAUUUCCAGAACGUGCUUAUGGAACAAGAUAUCUAGAUGAUCUUUGUGUCAAAAUUCUGAAAGAAGAUAAAAAAUGUCCAGGUUCUUCACAGUUAAUUAAGUGGAUGCUAGGAUGCUACGAUGCUUUGCAGAAAAAAUAUCUAAGGAUGAUCAUUCUGGCUGUAUACACCGAUCCAGAAGAUCCUGUGACAAUUUCAGAAUGUUAUCAAUUUAAGUUCAAGUACAACAAAAAUGGACCAGUCAUGGACUUUAUAAGCAAAAAUCAAAGCAGUAAAUCUAAUGCACCAUCUGCUGACACCAAGAAAGCAAGUAUUCUCCUCAUUCGGAAGAUUUAUGUUCUAAUGCAAAAUCUGGGACCUUUACCUAAUGAUGUUUGUUUGACCAUGAAACUUUUUUACUAUGACAGAGUCACACCCCCAGAUUACCAACCUCCUGGUUUUAAGGAUGGUGAUUGUGAAGGAAUAGUAUUUGAAGGGGAUCCUACAUACUUAAAUGUGGGAGAAGUCCCAACACCUUUUCACACCUUCAGAUUAAAAGUGACCACUGAGAAAUAUCGAAUGGAAAAUAUUGACCCAAGUGUACUAGUACCCAAACAAUCAAAAAUACCGUUUCGGAAACUUCUAAUGGACAAAGAUGAUAUAGAAGAUGAAAAUCAUGUAAGUGAUAAUUGUGACAUUAAUACUAAAAUGGAAAAGCAGAAAAAAAACUCAGGAGCUUCUGAAAUUAGAGAACCAAAUUUAGUUUGUAAGGAAGAUGAAAUUAUGCAGUAUAAAGAAAGCUCAAAUCUUCUAAUUUCUCAUUCUCAGGUUGAACAGUUAGUCAGUAAAACAUCUGAACUUCAUAUGUCUGAAAGCAAAACAAGAAGUGGAAAAAUAUUUCAGAAUAAAAUGGUAAAUGGAAAUCAACAAGUACGAUCUUCUAAAGAAACUCGGAAGAGACGUCAACGUGAAUCUGGGAGACAUCAACAUGAAUCUGGGAGAACAAUCCUCCAACUCUUUGAAUCUUCUGGUCAAGAGUCAGUGUGGAAAAGAAGAAGAGUUAGAGAGCCAAAGGAACAUACAUAAAAAUUAUUUUUUCUUAUUCAUAUUUGUAAUU